GCGGAUCCUCUCAGUCAGCAACAUUAACAGGGCCAUGAGGCAUCCUGCUUGUGUCCUCCACUCUUAGGUAAAGGGGGUAUUAGACUCCAGUAAUGCUGGUCAGUCUGGCUGCUCUGUGUGUUGUGUAGUUUUUGAGGGUGGAGCACAGGAAGAUGGGGAGCACCAGGAAGGUGGACAGCAUACCGAACAGGAGACAGAGUCUCUUCCCCAACUACAAAGUCACAGAUUCUGAUCUUAAUCGAAGACCUUCUGAGAUCGUUUACCCACUAGCAAAGGAAAGCUGCGUGAAAACGUGGAACUCUCUGCAGGAGCUCAGCAGGGACAUCUACGACAUUUAUGCAGAGUAUGAGGACGAAGAGGAUGACAGUACUCCAUACGGCUUCGCCAAGCACAUUUCCCCCUCCAAGAAGAACUAUGUGAUCAAUAUUAAUGUAGGAGGGAAGCCCUACAAGAUAGCCUACAAGAUGGCAGCGAAGUACCCCAAGACCAGGAUAGGGAGACUGGCCACGUACACAGACCACAACAUGAAGCUGGACCUGUGUGAUGACUACAUAGUGACCAGCAACGAGUACUUCUUUGACAGGGACCCAGAUGUCUUUCACAGCAUCUUCAACUUCUACAGGACGGGAGUGCUCUGGAUCAAGGACGAGCUGUGUCCCCGCAACUUUCUGGAGGAGAUCAACUACUGGGGCGUGAGGAUCAAGACCACCCACCGCUGCUGCCGCAUCGCCUUCGAGGAGAGGCAGGACGAGCUCAAUGACCAGCUGAAAAUCCAGAGGGAGCUGGAGGCAGAGAUAGAGAUAGAGGAGAACGAGGAGCUGUUCCACGACAUGUUCAUGGGCCAGAUGCGGCGAGCCAUCUGGAAUUUGAUGGAGAAGCCUUUUUCAUCUGUGCAGGCCAAGCUGAUGGCUGUGGCCUCCAGUUUGUUUGUCCUGAUCUCCCUGGUGGCCAUGACCCUCAACACGGUACAGGAGAUGCAGUACAGAACUGCUUCAGGUCACCUCAGCGGCAAGACAUACUGGGAGUGCGUGGAGUCCAUGUGCAUCACCUUCUUCACCAUGGAAUACCUGCUGCGUCUCAUAUCCACACCCGACCUCAGUUCCUUCAGCAGGAGCGUGCUCAACACCGUGGACCUAAUCGCAAUCCUGCCUCAGUAUCUGCAGUGCAUUCUGGAGAUCUUUGACAGCCAGGAUAAUUACGUGAAGCAUGAGGCUGACAUGCAGGCGGUGGGGCAGGUGGGAAAGCUGGGGCAAGUGUUGAGGAUCAUGAGACUGAUGCGGAUCUUUCGGAUCUUGAAGCUGGCGCGUCACUCCACGGGUCUGCGGGCGUUUGGCUUCACCCUGCGACAGUGCUACCAGCAAGUGGGCUGCCUCUUCCUCUUCAUCGCCAUGGGCAUUUUCAGCUUUUCUGCUAUGGUUUAUACCGUGGAGCACGACAUGCCACACACAAACUUCACCAGCAUUCCUCAUGCAUGGUGGUGGGCAGCUGUAAGUGCAUGUUUGUAUUGAGGGGUAUAAUGAAGAAUGACUACAGUAUGAAGUAAUAACAGAAAGGGUAGCAAAUAUAAACUUUAUCAUAAAAUAAGUAUUAAUGCGUCCUGUCCUUGAGUAACUCGUGUCUCAGUGCAACAUUAUUAGAUUACACUGGGCAAUACCACCUUACAAAACAAAUGAGGUCAGCUCUGAUUAAGGACAUGUCUCCCUGCGCUUCCUAGGAAUUGUGUAUUGAAUAUUUUGUGGGGCACCUUGUCAAGUUUUAGAGGGUGGAACAGCCAUUACUCCAGUAGUGUCUGUGCUGGAGUUUAAGAGGUUAACAUCUUGAUUCACAGAGUCUGCCUGCUGCAUGAAUAAACCCAUUAACAGAUCCUUUCCCUCCCUCCCCUAAACCAGGUGGUAGAAUCUUACAUCUAAUCCAAAGGAAAGAAACAAUAAUCCUCUGAAUGAUAGUCAUGUUUAUAGAAUUCUGAAUGCUGCUCAAGGCUACCG